ACCAAAUUUGUUAUUUCUCUUGUUCUUCCAGCAAAGAAAACAUGUCUGCACAUGCCAAAGCAACCCUGGUGUUCGUUCCAUUCCCUUUAAUGAGCCACCUGGUGCCAGCAAUACACACCGCCAAGCUCAUUGCCGAUAGAGACGACAGCCUCUCCAUCACCAUCCUACUUAUGAAGCUUUCCCUGGACCCCAAGAUCAGUUCCUACACUAACAAAUCACCCCACCCUCGGAUAAAAUUCCUACACCUGCAAGAAAACAAGUCCAUCACAUUAGAGUCGAUGGGACCCAAGAAUUGGGUGCUUUCGUUCGUGGAGCGCCAUAAGAGUCUGGCCAGAGAUGUUGUGGCAGAGAUGAUGGAGAACCAGAAAGGAAGACUUGCUGGAUUCAUGCUCGACAUGUGCUGCGCUCCCAUGAUUGAUGUGGCUAAUGAGCUCUGCGUCCCGGCUUACAUCUUCUUCCCCAGUGGAUCAGCUACUCUUGGGCUUCUGUUUCAUCUCCAGAGCUUGACAGACGAUCAUGGCAGAAACAUGGAAGAGUACAAGGAUUCAGAUGUGGAGAUCUCAAUCCCGACUUAUGUUAAUCCAGUACCUGCAAAAGUGUGGCCUGUUGAAGUAAUUGACAAUGAAACUGGUAUACUAGAUUAUGCCAGAAGGUACAGAGAGACCAGAGGGAUCAUCGUUAACACCUUUCUUGAAUUCGAGCACCACGCAAUUAGCUCGCUCUCUGCUGAUGCCAGAAUCCCACCAGUUUAUCCAGUAGGGCCGAUUAUUCAAGGAGGAGGUGAAGAAACUGGUGAGAACAAGAGGAAGCGCGGGGAGAUCAUCGCGUGGCUGGACAAACAACCCCAUUCAUCAGUCGUGUUUCUCUGCUUUGGCACCCGUGGAAGUUUCGAGGGCGAUCAGGUAAAGGAAAUUGCUACUGCGCUGGAGAAGAGUGGAGUCCGGUUUAUGUGGUCAUUGAGAAAGCCACCUCCUGAAGGUACAAUUGAGUUUCCAGGGGAAUAUGAGAACCCUGAACAAGCAUUGCCAGAAGGGUUCCUCCGAAAUACUACUGGAAUCGGGAAGGUGAUCGGGUGGGCACCCCAGAUGGCUGUGCUAUCUCACCCUGCUGUGGGAGGAUUUGUGUCGCAUUGUGGGUGGAACUCGACUCUGGAAAGUGUGUUUUGUGGAGUGCCUGUGGCAGCAUGGCCGCUGUCUGGAGAGCAGCAGGCCAAUGCGUUCCAGCUAGUCAAAGAGUACGAGAUGGCGGUUGAGAUCAAGAUUGACUACAGGAAAGAUAGUGGUGUGAUUGUGUCUGCAGGAACGAUAGAGAGUGCAAUUAGGCAGCUGAUGGACCCGAAGAACAAAAUCCGACUCAAGGUGAAAGAGCUGCACGACAAGAGUAUAGCAGCCCUUGAAGAAGGAGGCUCGUCCUAUAACUUCUUAGGUCGUCUACUCGAAAAUGUCAUGGAUAAUAAUUAUUGAAGUUUAGAUCUGUUUGGUGAAGUGAAUGCACUAGAUUGAGAGUUCUUGGUUCUAAGUAACUUCCCCUAAAAAGCAUUUGCAAAAGCUAAAACAGCAUUCCUGAAUCUCAGUGUUGUUAUAGUUUCAUAUGAAUUGAAUGCAUUGUAGCGAACUUGUUUC